UUUACACUAAGUGACAAAAUUAAAACAGAGGGUAGGGGGUAGAGGGUUAAAUAGUUCAAAUCUUCCUCAAAAACAUUAGUUUAGUUUUGAAGUUGACAGUGUGCGGAAAUCUCGCAGGGAGAGAAAAGUGUUAUUUGAACAUCACUAAAAAAUUUAUUUACAUCAAGAAGACUAUUUAUUUAACGCUGACACUCUUCCAUUAAUCAAAAUGCGUUCAAGUUUAGUAAUUUUACUAUUGGCAGCUGUGCUGGUUGCGACACACUGUGAACUACAACGAAACCAAAAACUAACAACCGAGAGUUCGUCGCCUGUGCCAUUUUAUCAUCCUUAUUAUUACAUAUAUCAAUCAGGAUACCAACAACCACCACAACAAAGUCAUGAGACAAAAAAUCUACAAAAUCAGACUUAUCCAUCGUUUUAUCCAACAGGAUACCAACAACCACAACAAAAAAGUCAAGAGAUAAAAAAUCCACAAAGUCAGACUUUUCCAUCGUUUUAUCCAGUAUACCAACAACCACAACAACAAAGUCAGACUUUUGCAUCGUUUUAUCCAACAGGAUACCAACAACCACAACAACAAAGUCAAGAGAUAAAAAAUCCACAAAGUCAGAUUUUUCCAUCGUUUUAUCCAACAGGAUACCAACAACCACAACAACAAAGUCAAGAGAUAAAUAAACCUCAAAGUUUGUCGUCUUCGUCAUAUUACUAUCCUUAUUACUAUAAUCCUUAUAAUUACAACAAUUAUUCAAACAAUUUACAACCAACAACAGUGAAGCCAGUAAUUUCUGAACCAAUCGAAAAUCCAAAGGAAUAAAUUUCCUUCAGUGCCAAUUGAAAAAUGAAACAUUAUUAGAAAGAAAUUUUCCUUUCAGUUUAUUAUAUGUACUCCAAUUUGUAAACAUGAUGUAUAGAUGAAAACUCUAUUUAGAAUGACAAAUUAUUUAUUAUUUUAAUAAAAACAUUAAUAGUUUAA